AAUCAAAAAACUAAUUCUUCCAAAGAGCGACUCUUACUGUUUCUCAUGGUGAGAAGACAAUAUUUGCUUUCUCUUCUUCCUUUCUCCCGGAUGAGAGGCUAAGCCAUAAUAGAAAGAAUGGAUAAUUAUUGAUUGACCAUCUUUAUUCUGUGGGCUCUGAUUCUCCAAUGGGAAUACCAAGGGAUGGUUUUCCAUACUGGAACCCAAAGGUAAAGACACUCAAGGACAGACAUUUUUGGCAGAGCAUAGAUGAAAAUGGCAAGUUCCCUGGCUUUCCUUCUGCUCAACUUUCAUGUCUCCCUCCUCUUGGUCCAGCUGCUCACUCCUUGCUCAGCUCAGUUUUCUGUGCUUGGACCCUCUGGGCCCAUCCUGGCCAUGGUGGGUGAAGACGCUGAUCUGCCCUGUCACCUGUUCCCGACCAUGAGUGCAGAGACCAUGGAGCUGAAGUGGGUAAGUUCCAGCCUAAGGCAGGUGGUGAACGUGUAUGCAGAUGGAAAGGAAGUGGAAGACAGGCAGAGUGCACCGUAUCAAGGGAGAACUUCAAUUCUGCGGGAUGGCAUCACUGAAGGGAAGGCUGCUCUCCGAAUACACAACGUCACAGCCUCUGACAGUGGAAAGUACUUGUGUUAUUUCCAAGAUGGUGACUUCUAUGAAAAAGCCCUGGUGGAGCUGAAGGUUGCAGCACUGGGUUCUAAUCUUCACAUCGAAGUGAAGGGUUAUGAGGAUGGAGGGAUCCAUCUGGAGUGCAGGUACACCGGCCGGUACCCCCAACCCCAAAUACAGUGGAGCGACGCCAAGGGAGAGAACAUCCCAGCUGUGGAAGCACCUGUGGUUGCAGACAGAGUGGGCCUAUAUGAAGUAGCAGCAUCUGUGAUCAUGAGAGGCGGCUCCGGGGAGGGUGUAUCCUGCAUCAUCAGAAAUUCCCUCCUCGGCCUGGAAAAGACAGCCAGCAUUUCCAUCGCAGACCCCUUCUUCAGGAGCGCCCAGCCCUGGAUCGCAGCCCUGGCAGGGACCCUGCCUAUCUUGCUGCUACUUCUCGCCGGAGCCAGUUACUUCUUGUGGAGACAACAGAAGGAAAUAACUGCUCUGUCCAGUGAGAUAGAAAGUGAGCAAGAGAUGAAAGAAAUGGGAUAUGCUGCAACAGAGCAGGAAAUAAGCCUAAGAGAGAGCCUCCAGGAGGAACUCAAGAGGAAAAAAAUCCAGUACUUGACUCGUGGAGAGGAGUCUUCGUCCGAUACCAAUAAGUCAGCCUGAUGCUCUAAUGGAAAAAUGGCCCUCUUCAAGCCUGGUGAGGAAAUGCUUCAGAUGAGGCCACCUUGUUAAAUAAAUUGGAUGUAUGGAAAAAUAGACUGCAGAAAAGGGGAACUCAUUUAGCUCACGAGUGGUCGAAAAAGAAAAGAAAAUUAACCUCUGAGUAUAAAGCAUCAGUGGGCAGAAUCAAUGUGGGGAGGGAAACAACAAAAAUGUAGAAAGAGGAUCCUUGUUGCUUCUUGGGGCCGCAUCAGGGUAUUGGGUUAGGCAGAUACUGACCUUACUUUCAUUUCCCCUCUGGUCACCAGACCCCUGGGGCUUUCACCAAUGACAUUGAUGAGAGAAUCACAUUCAGGGCAGGCUAGGGACAUGGGGUUCUGGAAGGACCUCCUCAGCAUGGCCCAAGCCUUGCAUGCUGUGGCUCUUAAAUCCAGGAAAAAUGGCUGACCCCAUGGACACCUCCUCAAACUCUCUGCAGCAGAUGUAAUUCUGGACCCAGACAUGGCAAACGCCAUCCUCCUUGUUUCUGAGGACCAGAGGAGUGUGCAGCGUGCUGAGGAGCCCCAUGACCUACCAGACAACCCUGAGAGAUUUGAAUGGCGUUACUGUGUGCUUGGCUGUGAAAGCUUCAUGUCAGGGAGACACUACUGGGAGGUGGAAAUGGGGGACAGAAAAGAGUGGCAUAUUGGGGUGUGUAGUAAGAACGUGGAGAGGAAAAAAGUUUGGGUCAAAAUGACACCGGAGAACGGAUACUGGACUAUGGGCCUGACUGAUGGGAAUAAGUAUCGGGCUCACACUGAGCCCAGAACCAACCUGAAACUUCCUGAGCCCCCUAGGAAAGUGGGGGUCUUCCUGGACUAUGAGACUGGAGAUAUCUCGUUCUACAAUGCCACGGAUGGAUCUCAUAUCUACACAUUUCUGCACGCCUCUUCCUCUGAGCCUCUGUAUCCUGUAUUCAGAAUUUUGACCUUGGAGCCCACUGCCCUGACCGUUUGCCCAAUACCAAAAGUAGAGAGUUCCCCCGAUCCCGACCUAGUGCCUGAUCAUUCCCUGGAGAUACCAGUGACCCCGGGCUUAGCUAAUAAAAGUGGGGAGCCUCAGGCUGAAGUAACAUCUCUGCUUCUCCCUGCCCAGCCUGGAGCUAAGGGUCUCACCCUCCACAACAGCCAGUCAGAACCAUAAAGCUACAGGCACACAAUGAAGCACUUUACUGAUAUUCAUUCGAUUAUUCCAUAGGACAGUUGUUUGAGUUUGGUGCCAUCUUAUUGUGCCCUUUAUACAGAUAAGGAAACUGGGGUGUAGAUAAGUGUAUUGACUUUACAAAGCAGACAGGAAUAGUGAACAACAGAGCUGGGAUCUGAAACAAUGACUAACAUUAAUGGAGAAUUUAAAACGUUCUGAGUGCUGUGUUAUGAGCUUUGGUGGGUGUCACUCCUUUAAUCCUCACAACACCCUGUCAGGUAGUCUCAUUUGGCAAGUAUGGAAGCAGAGGCAGGGCAACAUUAAGUAGCUUACAUAACUCAUACAGUAAUUUGUGCAGUUGGGAGAUGUUCAGCUUCAGUCCCUGGCCAAUUGCUCGUUCUUUUCCAGCCUGAUUUUUCCCGCAUGGGAAGAACCCACAUGCAGCCCUGAGGUUCCCUUCCCAGGACAGCUCCAGGAUCGAGAUCACUGUGAGUGGUUGUGGAGUUAAGACCCCUAUGGACUCCUUCCCAGCUGAUUAUCAGAGCCUUAGACCCAGCACUCCUUGGAUUGGCUCUGCAGAGUGUCUUGGUUGAGAGAAUAACGUUGCAGUUCCCACAGGGCAUGUGACUUUGAAAGAGACUAGAGGCCACACUCAGUUAAUAAUGGGGAACAGAUGUGUUCCCACCCAACAAAUGUGAUAAGUGAUCGUGCAGCCAGAGCCAGCCUUCCUUCAAUCAAGGUUUCCAGGCAGAGCAAAUACCCUAGAGAUUCUCUGUAAUAUAGGUAAUUUGGAUGAAGGAAGCUAGAAGAAUUACAGGGAUGUUUUUAAUCCCACUAUGGACUCAGUCUCCUGGAAAAGGAUCUGUCCACUCCUGGUCAUUGGUGGAUGUUAAACCCAUAUUCCUUUCAACUGCUGCCUGCUAGGGAAAACUGCUCCUCAUUAUCAUCACUAUUAUUGCUCACCACUGUAUCCCCUCUACUGGGCAAGUGCUUGUCAAGUUCUAGUUGUUCAAUAAAUUUGUUAAUAAUGCUUA